AAUAUCAAUUUGUUCAAUUCGACGUUCGCGAGCUAACAUCAAAAUGCGGAUUUUAAUUGUUCUUUUCGCCUUCGUGGCUAUUUGUAGUGCAGCUGAGGGAGCGCAUGCGCAUCGCUUCUUCCAGAAGCUUUUCAAAGGCAACGAGGAAGUCCGACACUAUGAGGGGCUGGACGAUGAAGAGAUCAGGAAUCACGUGAACAGACUGCUUGAGAGUGUCGGAAAGUUGGCCCAGUUGACCCAGGAUCAGAAGACGCAGGACACAGGCUGCCAAUGUGUCGGGGAUACCUGCGGAUGUUGCGCCGAUUUUAACUUGCCUUCGUUGAAGAUAGAUGCAACAGCUUGCGUGAACUUUACGUACAACCCUCAGACACAGAAUAUCAGUCUGACCAUGACCUACAACAAUAAGACACUUCUCAACGAAACGGUCUCUCUUCACGAUCCGCCACCACUAUGCUCUGGCCUCCCGUACGUCGCCACCUGGUGUACGAUCUUCUACAACAUCACAUUCACCCCCGAAGUACGAUUUUGCCUCCGGUACGAGCUCCGUCUAUUGGGGACAACCAUACUUAGGAUACCAUUUGGUUGCUAUACACUCCCGAGCAGGGCGGGAGAGGCGAUGACGACAGUUCCGCUCCCAAUGCCUGCGAAACGAGUCCACCUGGCGAACAUUCUCCACAGGCAGAAGUUGCAGAAGGAAUGGGUCAUCAAAUCGCACAGGGAGAUGUUGUAGUUGGACUCAAAUCCGAUAGGGGCCUAUUCAUUGAUGUCGUGCACGAUAUUUCUUGUCAUCUUAGGACUAUCGACUUCCUUCACUGGGGCGCGGUACUUGCCAUCGUCGCUGUUGUUGUUGGGAUAGACGUCCCCCGCUGUGAUAUCAAAAUAAAAGAAAUGCUUUAAAGGUGGAGGAAGAUAUUGUUUAGUGGGCCAUUUUAAAACAGAAUAUAUCAAUUUCUUGCGUGGCCGUUCGCGAACUCUUUACAUAUAGUUCAUCGCUGUUUAUAUUAGUGCUCGCCCUUUACAAAGUGGUGUCAUAUGUAGGCUGACGACACGCGAAGGUGUUUAUAAGUGCAUCAUGGUGCAACAUGAUGGAUGACCUUUGGAACACUCUGUAUAUGCUUUUUGUAAAUAGCCAUUUAUGCAUACCAGUUCCAUGCAUCUAUAUUGAUUCAACUGUAAUUUCAUCUUCAUGAUUUGCAUUACUGAUGAUUAUAUAACAAUAAAUCAUAUGGAUAUAGUCAAGAAUAACCUACUUUUUUUUACAUCGAUUUUCGAAAUUGUAGGCUCUUUGCUGUGCCUUUUUAUACUGCAUGCGCAGUAGCUAUUCUCGCAAAUAGAAAUUCUCUAUACUAUACAAAUCGAGACCGUUUUAU